AGAACCAACGGUUACGAUGCCACCGUAUAAAAUAUUGAAAUAUCUAGAACAUUCUACGACCAGUUAGCGUUUUGGGCAGGUUUGAGAGUGGGGAGCGGAGGAGCACUCACCGGAUCCUCCUGAGAAGGGUCUCUAAGAUGGCUUUUGCGAAUAAAAUUGGAAAUCUCUUAAAGAAAUCCGUGAAAUCCAGUCCAUCAUUAUUUCAAGCAAUACGAUGCAUGUCAUCUUCCAAACUUUUUGUUGGAGGACUUUCAUAUGGCACUGAUGAUCAGAGUUUACGUGAAGCAUUUACAAAUUAUGGUGAAGUAGUUGAAGCUAGAGUCAUCUUGGACAGGGAAACUGGAAGAUCUAGGGGUUUUGGAUUUGUGACUUUUACUUCCAGCGAAGAGGCCUCUUUUGCCAUAACUGGCAUGGAUGGGAAGGAUCUUCAUGGAAGGAUAGUUAGGGUAAACUAUGCACAUGAACGAACUGGUGGAUUUCGUGGUGGCUAUGGUGGUGGUGGUUACGGCGGUGGUGGUUAUGGCGGUGGUGGUGGUGGUUAUGGUGGUGGAGGCGGUUAUGGAGCUGGAGGCAAUUAUGGAGCUGGAGGCGGAGGUUAUGGAGGUGGCGGUGCAAGUACUUAUAGCGGAGGUAACUACAAUACUGGGAGUGGCACUGCUGCUGGUAACUACGGAAGCAGUGGUUAUGGUGGUGGUAAUGGAGGCAGUGGUAGGGAAUUCGAUCGAACCAAUGCUGGUACUAACUAUGGAGUUGCUGGGGGUGUUGGUGGCAUCGACAAUUACCAAAUAGAUGGCAGCUCUGGUGGAGGCAAUGGUGGUUAUGGAGGGAACAGUGGGUUGUAUGGUCGUGGCAGUGAUGACAGCACCUUUGGCAAGAGUACAUCCAGAGGAUUCGACAGCACCAAGUUCAGCAGUGAACUGAACUCCAACAAUGGUGGCAGCUAUAGUGAUGGCAACAAUGAGGAUGACUUAUUAGAUGACAAAUUCAAAGAUGAUGACGACGACGAUGAACCAGAUGACUAUGCCAAGCGAGGGUAAUGUAUGAACAUGCGAUCAAAACAAUGAGCAUCAAGUAUGCUAGACAAUAAAUCUGUGAACUUUGGUACUUGGCAGAUUGUACGUUUGCAGAUAUCUGUUUCUAUUUUGAUAUUUCUGUUACAUUAUGAAAUUAGAGAUUGCAUUGAGCUUCUUCCAUGCAUAUAA